AUAAUAAAUAUAAUUACUUACAGCUGAAGCAGCUGCACAAAGCAAGCUUUGCCUGCUUUUAUGCAAAGCUGCAUAUUUCAACAGUUUCGUAACUUUCGUUGACCAUGAUUUUCCUCUCUGUCAUUGACGAAUUAUACUGCCGACCAUUUUAAUCAAUUCACAGUUUGCUGUACUUUGAAUGCGCUAGUCGUGUUCAUCGUAUCGUUUACUAAUGAGCUAACAUAAUUAUCGAUAAGUAAUGUUAUAUACGACGUCACGUGCGAGUUGGACCUGCGGUACUAAAAGUGCCGUAGAAAUAAGCUAAAUGAAAACAAAUAAUUAAUAUAUUCACAGCCUAACUAAAACAGUUUAUAAGAUACAACCUCGUACAGAAUUCUUGCACCAUUUUUGUAAAAGCAAGAUUUUGAAUGAUUUCAUCUAGCAUAACUAUACCAGGUCUGUGAAUUAAAUUUUCAAACAUAGGUUGUGGAAUAAAUACAAUAUUACACCAAGGUCCCAAAAGUCUGUAGUUCGAGGCUGUGCAAGGCCGGGUUAUUUAAAAAAGUGACAUUGACAGCAACGCAACAUUAUUGAUUUUGGACGAUUUCGAUAGUAUUUCUAUUUACUUUACUCACAAUGUAGAAAUAUAUGAAAUUGUGUAUUAAAAUGCAGUUUUUAUGUUAAUCGUUCUAAAGCGGAUUCGCUGUCUCACUCAAUCAGCAUGUCGAAUGAAUCAAAAUUUAGAGUUACGGCUGCACAAACCAGUGCACUUUGCAAAUUUUUUGAGGAUAAUCCUGGACUAAUAAGAGGCUAUAAGAAAACUGUUCGAAAUAAACGCAUAGUUCAAAAGAAAUGGAAGAAAAUUACUGAUAUACUUAAUUCAUGCGGACCGACGAGAAGUCAAAAGUCUUGGUCGACGUACUUAAGUAAUAUAAAAGCAAAAUUAAAAGGACAUAGUCUCGUAUGGAGACAAAGUACAGACGGUAGUGGUCCAGAGGUUUGCAACGCUGAUAAGUUCAAUGAAAUCCAAUUGAGAAUGUUGAAAGUUCUCAGUAAGCGCCCAAAUCCGGUUGAGACAAACAUUCAAGUACAUCAACAAGAGCCAUCUCAAAAUUAUUAUCAGGCCCUACCAAUACCAUCACAAACAAAAUCAGAAUCGAUUUGCAGUGAUGAUGAUAGCGAUUCUGAACAUGAUUUAAUCAUACUUGAUCCUUAUGAACAAUAUGAUGAGACUGAACAUCCAGGUAGCCCAGAAGAUAUCAAAUCAGAAAACAAUAACGGCGACAGCUCCCGAAACUAUGGGAAUACAGAAAACGAUAGUAAUAUUGUACCAUCUGUUAGUAGGCCUAAUAGGAUGUCCAGAGAAUUAAAAUACCGAGUAACGGCGGCACAAACCAAAAUACUUUCUGCCUUUUUUGAGGCCAACCCUGAAGUAGUAAAAGGGUAUAAAAGAACAAAAAAAUCAAAGAUAAGGGUUCAAAAUAAGUGGAAGAAAAUAUCGGUGAAGCUUAAUGCUUAUGGACCCUCAAGAGAUCCCUUAUCUUGGUCAAAGUAUCUAAGCAAUAUAAAGGCGAAGUUGAAAGGACAAAAGAUUAAAUGGUCACAAAGUAGUAAUGGAACAGGUCCUAUAAUUUGCAAUGCUGAUGAUUUCAAGGAAAUACAAUUAAGAAUGCUGCAAGUUCUCAGCAGGCGCACAAAUUCCGAGGAAGCUGAGAACUCACAAUCAGAUUCCGAAAUAGGGGAUUUUAAUGAAGAUGAAAUCAAUACUGACUUUGAUGAUGGAAUAUAUAAGAAUGAGGGACAAGAUACUGAAUUUGAGAAUAAGUUCCCAGAUCAGGUCAAACCUGAACAAACAACAAGCAGUACAAAACCUGCUGAAAUAUUUGUGGAUGAUGAAUUCGCUUCCUUUGCGAAAAAUGUUGCUCAGCAACUUAGAAAUUUACCGCUGCCUGUUGCAUUGGAAACACAAGAAAAGCUUCUAUCUGUCUUAAGGGAUCAAAGGAUAAAAUUCUUGAUUGGCUCCACUAGAUGUUUAGAUCCAUUGGACAAAUAAACGGUUAUUUAAUGUGUCAAACCUAGUAUAAGCAUAUUUAUUUGUAGAAUUUUUAUAAUAAAAUUCUUUU